AUGCCUUCCCUCGAAUCCGAUAGCUGGCAUGUACGCCCUCGAGCCAUGACGUUUCUCCCCAACUUGCUGACGGGCGCCGACGUCCUUGUCGGCGAUCUUGUUUGCCAGGCGGUUCACAUAUCGUGCCUUGUAUUGCAUGCUCUCAUUCUUGGCGCGGGAAUUUAUGGAUUCAUAUCAUGUAGUAGUGAUAUGGGUUUCAGUGAGCAUCAUUGCUCCUCUAACGGCUCAAGGAUAAACCUUCCAUGGUCAGCAUCGCUCAUGGGGAUGGUGACCGAGUUCGCGAAUCUAGUCUAUCUCAGCCGAAUCUCAGCUCUCGAAAAGCGAGAAACAGAUAACACAAGCCAUCAGCAGCGGCUCCAAAAGCUGUACACCCUAACGGUUGGCAUGCUUUUCAACAUUAUAUUCAUGCUCGUUGAUUUUAUCAUCAUGCAGAAAGCAAAUUCCUUGGCCGAAGGAAGAUGGACUCACCUCUCCAUCCUUGCCACGAUAGAAAUGAUUGGCGGAGCCCUCUUGAUGGCUUUAUUGAUUCUUCAUGCUUGCAAGCUAUACAGAGUUCUUCGUCAGAGGAGUCAAGUGUACGAGGUUUUAAACAAUCUGGAGGAAGGGUUCGAGGAUGAAUAUCGGGAUUUGGAAUGA